GUGUGUGUGUGUGUGUGUAGGUUGCCUGGGUACCCAUGCAGAAGAAAGGAGAGUUUGGGGUCCUGAGUGCCAGUUCAGGAGGAAGGGUGCUGAUAUGGACAGUGGACUCAGACCAGGGCAGGUUGGUCCUGAAUUCUGCCUACGCCUUAGUGCGACAGCAGGUUCCCCACAGCAGCAGCAGCAGCUUCAAGGCCAGAGGCAGCAGCACUGUGGGUGUCACUUCCCUGGCUCUCUCUCCCUGGGACUCGGACACCUUCUUGGUGGGCUCUGAGGGCGGCCUAGUGCUCAGAUGCUCCUUCUCCUCCCAGACGCCGGCAGCAGCAACUUCUGAAGGCCAGAGUGUGACACUGAGAGCCCCGGCGGUCUUCUCGUUCAGACCUCGAAGCGGCCCUGUCCACUCCAUACACUGCUCCCCUUUCCACAGGAACCUCUUUGUGAGCGCUGGGACUGAUGGUCUGGCCCACCUCCACUCUCUGCUGCAGGCCAACCCACUGCUCUCUCUCAGGGUUUCAGACUCCUAUGUUUUCCAGGUGCAGUGGUCUCCAACCAGACCUCUGGUUUUUGCUGCAGCCACCGGUCAAGGUACAGCAUCAAAGCUUUGUGUGUGGAUGGUAUAAAUAAUCAGUCACACA